UCUCUGAGCCUUCGGUCCUCGUCUUUGGACCGAAGGCAACUAGGCUUUGGGGAUGCCGUCAAUGAAAGCAUCUGGAGACCCGGGGGCUUUUUACCCACAGGAGGCAGGGCGGAGGCGCUGCCUUAGACCAGCAUCCGCCCCGAAAUGCAGAAUUGCCAAAAGAAAAGCCCUAAGAGGGAAGGCCACUUUCAAAGAAAAUAAAGGUGCAUGCCAGGCAUGAGCUUGCCACGGGGAAGGGGGACUUCCCCGCCCCCUCCGCCCCCAGGUGCGCAGCCCGCGCCGCCCACCCCCGGCGCCAGGCGAGGGGAGCCGCGCUCUAGGACCCGAGGAGGAAGAACUGCAGGGAGACGGUGCCUCCAGCGGGUGCUGCCGCGAGCGGCCGGCCGAGGGGGCUGGAAAUGAAAGUAAAGCGCUCCGGAGCCACAUGGACGGAGCUGCCGGGGCGGCGGCGCCGGGAGCAGGAUGCGGCCGCCCGUAAUUAAAUAGCAUUUACUCUUAUUAUUACUAAUAAUAAUAACGUAAUCAUACCUCUAGUCAUAGCAUACCAUUUAUCGGGCUCGGCGCAGGCCCGCGGGGAGCGCAGCCCGGCCGAGAGACUGAUGGAGAGGCAGAGACGGAAGGCGGACAUCGAGAAGGGGCUGCAGUUCAUUCAGUCGACACUACCCCUAAAGCAAGAAGAAUAUGAGGCCUUUCUGCUCAAGCUGGUGCAGAACCUGUUUGCUGAGGGCAACGACCUGUUCCGGGAGAAGGACUACAAGCAGGCCCUGGUGCAGUACAUGGAGGGGCUGAACGUGGCUGACUACGCCGCAUCCGACCAGGUGGCCCUGCCCCGGGAGCUGCUGUGCAAGCUGCAUGUCAACAGGGCCGCCUGCUACUUCACCAUGGGCCUGUACGAGAAAGCGCUGGAGGACAGCGAGAAGGCGCUGGGCCUGGACGGCGAGAACAUCCGGGCGCUGUUCCGCAAGGCGCGGGCCCUCACCGAGCUGGGACGCCACAAGGAGGCCUACGCGUGCAGCAGCCGCUGCUCCCUGGCCCUGCCCCACGAUGAGAGUGUCACUCAGCUUGGCCAGGAGCUGGCUCAGAAGCUCGGGCUGCGAGUUCGGAAGGCAUAUAAGAGGCCCCAGGAAUUGGAAACCUUUUCUCUGCUCAGUAACGGCACUGCGGCGGGUGUGGCAGAUCAGGGAAUUUCCAAUGGAUUGGGGUCCAUAGAUGACAUCGAAACAGACUGCUACGUGGACCUGCGAGGCUCCCCGGCCCCCCUCCCCUCUACCCCCACGAUGUCCUUCUUCCCUCACGUUCUGGACCUGCUGGCCCCCCUGGACAGCAGCAGCAGGGCCGUCCCCAGCACCGAGAGCCUGGACGACUUCUCCGACGGGGACCUCUUUGGUCCGGAGCUGGACACCCUCCUAGACUCACUGUCUCUGGUGCAGGGUGGCCUGCCUGGCAGCGGUGUGCCCAGCGAGUUGCCCCAGCUCAUCCCCGUGUUCCCCGGCGGGACCCCACUGCUGCCACCUGUGGUGGGUGGCUCCAUCCCCGUCUCCAGCCCGCUGCCCCCUGCCUCCUUUGGCCUCGUCAUGGACCCCUCCAAGAAGCUGGCUGCCUCUGUGCUGGAUGCCCUCGACCCCCCGGGCUCGGCGCUGGACUCCCUGGACCUGCUGCCGUACUCGGAGACCCGACUGGAUGCCCUCGACAGCUUUGGGUCAACCCGUGGCUCCCUAGACAAGCCCAGCUCCUUCAUGGAGGAAACCAAUUCCCAGGACCAUCGUCCCCCAAACAGCUCUCAGAAACCAGCGUCCUCGCCAGAGCCUUCCAUGCCCAAUACCGCCUUGCUCAUCAAGAACCCCUUGGCUGCCACCCACGAGUUCAAGCAGGCCUGCCAGCUCUGCUACCCCAAAACAGGCCCCAGGGCCGGGGACUACACCUACCGCGAGGGCCUGGAGCACAAGUGCAAGCGGGACAUCCUGCUCGGCCGCCUCCGCAGCUCCGAGGACCAGACCUGGAAGCGGAUCCGGCCCCGGCCCACCAAGACCAGCUUCGUGGGCUCCUACUACCUGUGCAAAGACAUGAUUAACAAGCAGGACUGUAAGUACGGGGAUAACUGCACCUUCGCCUACCAUCAGGAGGAGAUCGACGUGUGGACGGAGGAGCGGAAGGGCACCCUCAACCGAGACCUGCUCUUUGACCCGCUGGGGGGUGUCAAGCGGGGCAGCCUCACCAUCGCCAAGCUCCUCAAGGAGCACCAGGGCAUCUUCACUUUCCUCUGUGAGAUCUGCUUUGACAGUAAACCCAGGAUCAUCAGCAAAGGCACCAAGGACUCUCCAGCUGUCUGCUCCAACCUGGCUGCCAAGCACAGCUUCUACAACAACAAGUGCCUGGUGCACAUUGUCCGCUCCACGUCCCUCAAGUACUGCAAGGUCCGCCAGUUCCAGGAGCACUUCCAGUUCGACGUGUGCCGCCACGAGGUGCGCUACGGCUGCCUGCGGGAGGACAGCUGCCACUUCGCCCACAGCUUCAUCGAGCUCAAAGUCUGGCUGCUGCAGCAGUACUCAGGCAUGACCCACGAAGACAUCGUCCAGGAAUCCAAGAAGUACUGGCAGCAGAUGGAGGCCCACGCAGGGAAGGCCAGCAGCAGCCUGGGCGCCCCGAGGACCCACGGGCCUGGCACCUUUGACCUGCAGAUGAAGUUUGUGUGUGGCCAGUGCUGGAGGAACGGGCAGGUGGUGGAGCCUGACAAGGACCUCAAGUACUGCAGCGCCAAGGCCCGGCACUGCUGGACCAAGGAGCGGCGGGUCCUCCUGGUGAUGUCCAAGGCCAAGAGGAAGUGGGUGUCGGUGAGGCCCCUGCCGUCCAUUCGCAACUUCCCACAGCAAUACGAUCUCUGCAUCCACGCGCAGAACGGCCGCAAGUGCCAGUAUGUGGGGAACUGCUCGUUCGCGCACAGCCCGGAGGAGCGGGACAUGUGGACGUUCAUGAAAGAGAACAAGAUCCUGGACAUGCAGCAGACCUAUGACAUGUGGCUGAAGAAACACAACCCAGGGAAGCCGGGGGAAGGGACGCCCAUCGGCUCUCGGGAAGGGGAGAAGCAGAUCCAGAUGCCCACGGACUACGCCGACAUCAUGAUGGGCUACCACUGCUGGCUCUGCGGCAAGAACAGCAACAGCAAGAAGCAGUGGCAGCAGCACAUCCAGUCCGAGAAGCACAAGGAGAAGGUCUUCACGUCGGACAGCGACGCCAGCGGCUGGGCCUACCGCUUCCCCAUGGGCGAGUUCCGGCUCUGCGACAGGCUCCAGAAGGGCAAGGCCUGCCCGGACGGGGACAAGUGCCGCUGCGCUCACGGGCAGGAGGAGCUCAACGAGUGGCUGGACCGGCGCGAGGUGCUGAAGCAGAAGCUGGCCAAGGCCCGCAAGGACAUGCUUCUGUGUCCCCGGGACGACGACUUCGGCAAAUACAACUUCCUGCUGCAAGAGGAUGGGAACACCGCUGGUGCCACCCCAGAAGCCCCUGCUGCUGCCACCAUCCCCGGGGAGUAGGCCAGGCCUUGGCCGUGGGUGAACUCCUAGGAUCAGGGGCAGGGGUGGGGACAGAGGGCCUGAUAGAAGGGCCAGGGCAGGCCAGGGCUGGGGGUGGGGGGCUCCCUCAUCAGGCUCCCUCUCUGCGCCCCCCCCACCCCAGUGCAUCCCCAGGUGCACGAGCUGCAGCCCCACUUGGUCCCAGGGGCCUCAUCCCUGAAACCCUGGGCAGGUCCUCCCCUCCCCCACCCCCAUCCCCCAGCGGCUCUCCUGGUUGCGGAGGGAGGGGCCUGGCUGACCCCUCCAGCUUCAGCCUACAGCUUUAACUUCUGUCUGCUCCUAAGGGGGCCCAAUGCUCAGGACUGGGGAGCCUGGGGGUCCCCAUGUGAAUCUGCAGCAGGAGGGUCCUUCUCCCUGCCCCACCCGCAUCCCACCCCCACCUCCCUGGGGGCAGAUCAGGACACAACAGAGGGCAGAAGGCCCCAACUAGCUUUAAAAUGCAGCCCCAGAAUAGGACUGGGGACACUGUUCAGGUCACUUACCCUCUGGGCCUCAGUUUCCCCGCUGGUUGGAGGAGUGGGGGGCGUGGGGCAGCCCGAUGGAGGAGCCAGGCUCUCCGAUGGGCACUGAAUGUAGUAGACAGAAGGUCGUCAGAGCCUUCAGAGACAACCCAGCCCAAAGCCCCACCUUGCAGAUAGAAAUACUGAGGCCUAGAAAGGAGGAGUGAUCUUCCCAGUGUCUCCAGCCCACAGCACGCUUGAGCUGGGAUGCAAACUGUGGUCUGAAGACUCAGGGCCAGUUAUCGGCUGGAGCCUCCAGGCUCUGGGCAGUGACAGUCCCUGAAUCAGCGUGCAGCUGGGGUCCCAAGCAGCACCGCCCAGGGCUUGGUCAUGUCAGCACCCUGUAGGGGGACAGUCCCCUCUAAGGAUGGUCAUAAGGGAUGUGGUAGCAAAGGUGGCUUCCCCAGGGCUGCUCAGGGAGGGGGCAUAAUGGGCGGGGCACCCAUGGGCUCAGGUUCUGCGAGAGGUCCGGGGGAGGGGCACGUGGAGAGAAGGGAGACUCGCUUCUGGACACCAUGGGCCACUCCAGGACGGGACAUCGCCCCCUUCUGUCUGUCAAGGGGGACUCGGCAGUCCUCUUCCCUUCUCGCCAGAACCAGAAUGCAAUUAUGACCGUCUGCUCCAGCCCCGCCCUGAUCCCUGGCCCUGCCAGCUGCUUGGGACCCCAGCCGACCACCAGCCCCCACCCCACCCACCAAGCCCUCUCCCAUCCCUCUCGUCUGCCGUGUCUGCGUGCACCCCCUCCUCUCCAUCCCACCCCCGUGGGCAGACCCAGCCUCCCCUGGUUCCCUAGACAUUCCAGAACACCCCACACCAUUGGCACAAGGGGUGGGGCCCCCCAGAAGGAGCCAAGGACCAAGGCUGGAGUCAGUGGGGAGGAGGGGGUGAGACAGAGAGAACGGAAUAUGCUUUACUUCUUCUCAAGCAAGAAUUUCGAGUGUUUGAGGCCAUGAGGACGGGCGCCCGGGGCCAAGAGACCCCUGUUCCUCUCGCCGCCACUGCCCACCCCUUUCCUGAUAAUCGUGGCAUGCAUCCUUUCCUCCCCCCUCCCCCCAGCAGGCCAGCACUGCGGGAGCUCAGGUGCUGGUGGCGUGGCCGGAGGGGAGGAGAGACCCAAGGGGGGGCCGUGGCCGUGAAUGUUGAUGACACUUGUUUUCCCUGGUCUGUGCUGUUGCAGUCUGUCGUCACCAGCCUUGUUUUUAGUGUGUAUAUAUGUCGCCCCCGUGAUGCAUAUAUACACAGGUAUUAAAUAUAUCGCUCUAUAUAAUAUUAUAUAUGUGUGUGGUAUCCAAGGAGUCACUUCUGAUGAGGGUUUAAAGAUAGAGAAUUUGGCCAGAAAAUGCAGCCAUCCUGGCAUAAUGGAAGGGCAGAUUUUCGGGGUCAUCAGGCCACUUGCAAGGACUGAGGGACUGGAGCCAGGGCUCAGAGGUGAUUCGGGCAGCAGGGGAGAAGCGGCCCCUGCCAGGGGCCCAGCUCUGCCUGAGAGCUUCUAGGCAGCCCCAGCCUACAGGGAGGGAGCACGAGGGCUCAGGGAAAGAACAGCACUGGGGUUUGUCUCCCAACCAAAGGAACAGGAUUAGAAUCCAGACUGGUGUUCUCCAGCCUGUCUUCCAUGCAGGGGGCCCUUGGGAUCUGGGGGCCCCCUGGCCUGGCCAGAGCUGGUCCCCCACAGGGCUGGAAGAGAGCCAGAGGCAGGCAGCCAAUGGGAGUAGGGUGGGAACCAGGAGGACACUUGGAAUGACGUGGGAUGAUUUCGGUUGUGACCCUGACCGAGAGGCUCAGGGAGGUGAAUCGGACCCAGCAGGCAGGGACAAGACAACAUGGCGACUGUGGGGGAUCGGGGGACAGCGCCCCUGAUGUGAUUGUCCCUUUGGGCUGGUGUGGAGAGGGAUGCUGCAUUUCUCAGAUGGGCAGUAAUCAAUUUAAUGGUCCUUUAAAAAUGUCUGUGUAUUAAAAAUUUAAGAAUACCACACUUUAAUAUUAAAUAUUCAUAAGGUCUAGUAUCUUGAUAAUAAUGUAGAUGUUUUAAUAACAAUUUUUGUCCUUCUUAAAAUAAAACGUAAAGAAACUUGC